UGAAGUAUGACGUUGUAGGUUUACAGGUGCGGAGGGCGGGCCAGGAGUCGCUGGCAGGAGAUUAGCAUAGCAGGGAGGGAGGAGGAAGAACGUAAAAAGACAGAAAGAGAUCGUGGGGAUGAAUGUAUAUAUGCGAUAAUCGGCGCUGCAGGUACAGCGAAAGACAAGUGGAUACAGCUUUCCGUCCCAGAAGGGGAACCCCAUCUCCCAAGCCCCGGAGAAAUUACAUUUCUCCCCACAAUGUCUGGUGGAGGAGAAGUUCGUGUACUCCGCCAGGAGGCUGGGCAGGAGAGCCCAAUGAUGCCGGCCUGGAAACGAGAGAUACUCGAACGGAGGAAAGCAAAGGGCGGCGGGUCUGGAGCAGGUGCAGCAGAGCCUUGCUCUAGUGCGAGCUCGUCGCGGGUUAAUGGCGAAGUAACGGGAAAUAGCAGCGCCUCCAACAAAGACAAUGGAAUCAACGCUAAUUCAGGUCGUAACUACACCAUCACUCCAGCGAGCCAGCACUUCGCAAGCAAGCGUGGCAGCUCCCCCACCUCCCCAGAGCUCUCGCCGGUGAAAACAAACAAAGACCCCUGGACUGCCACCGAUCCUUAUGACUUAGAAAAAACGGUAAGGGAUGACGAGGAACAUGAAAGCCUGGUUCUGCAGGACAGUCUAGGCCCGUUACAGGAAAACCCCUUCAUUAAACUGGAGAAGGAGCGAAAGAAACGUCAGGACAGGGAGAGUACCACUCGUCCUGUUCAACACAUAUUGGAAUUGUAUGGCAGUGUUCCUGGAAUUCGGACUAUACGCGCUGAAAAUAUCAUUAUCAUAGAAUCCGAUCCGGAUUACUUUCCGGAGGCCAGUGGAAUUAAAAGCGGGUCUUAUUUGCAGCAGAAUGGGGUGAGCAGUUACAGCUCCCUCAACGACCUCUUGGACCGGAGAGGCAGUGGGGUUACGGAGAUACGGGCUAAGGAGGUGGUAAUUUAUGACACCGCAUUAAGCAGGAGCGAGGAGAACUUGAGCACUCUGGGUCGUCCUGGUCACGAGGGUGCAUUUGAGACAGGAGAGGGUCAGGGCAGGGUAAGCCGCAUGCUGCAGAAAUUCGACAGCAACUACGGAAAACUGCAACCAAAGUCUCGCAGCACAGAGAACCUGCUGGACUUGGAGGCCAGUUCAAGCAGGCCAAGACAUCGGCCCAAGCCACAACCUGAUCUGGUGCCAAAAUACAAGUCAUCCGCACAGCCUAGCUCACCAGUCCGCACCCUAAGCAACACACAGUUGUCAUCCUCCGUCUUCCAGAGCUCCCAGUCUUCCAAAACAAAGCCACAGCCCUCUCCCUGUGAACCUGACAGCAGCCCGUGCUCUGACGGACCCCCUCAGUCGGUGUCUUCCUAUCGCAAGCGUUUUGAGGUGAGUGGGGGUCUCAAUGUGGUGGUCAGUUCCAGAGAAGAGGCAGCGGGGCCCCAGACCAAGCCCUUCAGAGAGAGAGACUGGGAUAGCACAGAGGUGCCCCCCAAACCCAAGGUGCCAUGCUCUCCGGAUACCCGCAGGCCCUCCGCCGAUUCUCCCGCCGGUCCCUCCACACCACCUGUUUCUCCCCCUUCUGGAUUUGAGAUCCGGCCCUCACCCCAGCCUGACCUCUCCCUGCUGCCCGCUGGGGACAUCCAGGCCCGUGCCCUUGCCAACCUUCGCCUCCAGUCCCGCAACUCGUUCACUGUCAUCCCCAAACGCCAUGAAACCGCCGCCUCCCCGGGCAGCACAGGCCCGCCUAGCCCUGUCAAGUCUCCUCCCUCCCAGAGAGUGGCAGAAAUGCCCAUCCUAGGAGUGCCAACACCCAUCACCCCUCCACCCACUCCAGCAGCCUCUGAAAGGAAAGAAAAGGAGUGGGUAGAGGUGAGAGUAGCCAGGCUAACCCAACCAGACCCCCCCCCACCGACUGGCACCAAGACCCCUGUGCCUUCCCCUCCAUCCCCAGUGCCCUCUGUCCAGUCGCCAUUUCCAGAGGAGCCACCCAGUGACCUACCGGUUACCAAUAUAGAUGACAUAGACGUGGACCCCUCUCAGCCCGUCAGCCCCAGCCCCACUCCUGCAGUCCUGAGGCGGAAGGGGAACACCUUCACUGUGGUACCGAAACGAAAGUCCGAGCCACAGCCUGGCUCCCCGGAGCCCCAGGAGCCCUCGGCAAGGUCUGGUCCCCCCUCCACGCCACCACAGGCCCCCUAUGCCCAGCUGGGCUCCCUGCUGAAGAAACGUUAUCCUGCAGCGGAGGAUAUCGAGGUGAUUGGUGGGUACCAGUCCCUGGGACGCUCCUGCCUCACGAAGAUGGGCUCCACUGGCAAGAAGCUGAAGAUCUCGUUUAACGAGUUGAGCCUCCAGAGCACAUACGAAUACCCCUCAGAGAGCAGCGUGUGGGACAGCGGAGAUGAGGAAGAGGAGGAGGAUGGGAAUGGAGGAAGAGAGGAGCACGAUCAGCCUAGCAUGGUGGGACGCAUCCACAUCCCUCGUCCAAGCUACACCACCUCCUCCAGCCACACAAGCAACAGCACCGAUCUGUCCACCUAUAUUCCCAAACACACUGUGGAUUUUAACACCUGGCAGGAACAUAAGCUCGAUGACCCUGUUUACCAGGGGGACACCAAUUCCCAGCACACACAGAUGUCAGAGGAAGUUAUGCUCACCCCAGCAGACACCUCCUCCCUGUCAGACUUCAGCAGUGAACCUGCUCUGUACUUCUGACCACCCUGGACCCAACAUGAACCACUGCUGCCCUGUAGUUCCAGUACUACGAACGACAAUAACACAACCCCCCGGCCCAGACCAGACUAGUACCAGAGCCCGUUGUGACUUAACGGAACUGGAUGUCAUGUCACACUCAAACACAUUCAAGCAGUCCUUUUUAUUUUUUUAUUUUUUUACACAUUCUUUAGUUUGACAUCUGUACAUCAUCCUACUAACCAACCGCCCGCCACAGAACCCAAGCAGCUGGACUGUCAUCACUUGUAGGGUUGAUGUCUUCCCUAACCCAUCCACCAUUUCCUCUCACUGACAGCCAAUGAGCAGUGAAAUAAACACCCAAUCUGACUGACUGAAUUUGAUUGUUAAAAGAAAUCCAAGCUUUGAAAACGACAUUAUAAUUCGGUUUUCCAGGCGUACAGUCUAGGCCAGAAGCCAGUAUGGCACCCCUCUGUCUGCUUUGAUGUGUCUGUGUCUCCAUCAACGAUGUCAUGUUAAACAUCACGUGUAUUUAUGCUGUCUGUGUUCUAUGGUCCAUGUGUCCUUGUAAAGGUGAUGUACGUAGUGGUGGAUCACCUUCUCAUAAUAAGUGACCAAAUUCCUUAAAAACAAGGAUGCCAUUAGUGCCCGUCCCUGUAAUGGCUCAGUGUUAUUGUGUUCUGGAGUCCCGAACUGUAGGCCGAGGACUCCACACAGGGAAUGGCAGACUUAAAAAAUGAACAUAAAAUGUAAAUAGUGAAAGGGUGCCACAAUCCUAGUUCUGUGUGUUGUUUUUGUACUUGCACGUUCUGAUUUCUACUGACUUGGUUCUCCUUUACUGUAUGCUUCUUCUGUAUGCCUUCAGUUUUUGUGUUUACAGACAACAGUGCUGUAUUGGAGACUUUGCCUGAAGAGUCUAAGAGCAUGCAAACAUCAACAAUUCUUCUGCUCUGUAGAACUGCUCAGCUUAGUGUUGUCAUCAUCUAAGAUCUGUGAUGUACUGCUAAUAAGAUUGCCUUGGCAGCUCAUGAACAUUUGACUAUUUGAAAAUGUUCUACUAGAAGCUUAAAGAUGCAUUCUGUGACUUCUGGUCGCUAGUUGUAAAAACAGCUUUGACCGGUCCCUGAAAAUGGUAUAGCGUGUAUGUGCCGAUAUGUGCGCCAUGUCAUCAAAACCCCUUUCAGACUUGGAAUGGCAUGGGUAACUGAUGUAUUAUAGUGAUUCUACUUAAACAGUAUGCACAUAUAAACAAUGUUUUAUUAAUGUAGCCCAAAAUGUAAAGUUAAAGUCUUGAAUGCAUCUUUAAUAUCAAGGGCAUAUUAUAGAGUAUACAUGCCUUGGUAUAGCCUGGACUUAGACCAUUGGCUAAAAUACUAUUAGAACAAUUGCCCAUUUUCAAUGUCCAUAUUUGAACACGUACAAGUGGUAAAAAUAACAUCAACCACAAACUUUAAUAUAGAGUGAAACCAUUCACCAGCAUGUGUGUUCCUGAAAGGUUGAGUUUUCUUCCCUUAAAGUUCAAGUUUGCUCCUGGCAAGCUUGUCCAUGUGUGUAUUGUAUGGAUCAGAUAGCUGGCAUAGACAGGGAGGCGGUCCUCUAGGCCAUGCCUGUUUGUUUCCUUUAACAUGGAUCAGACUGAAUAUUUUCUGACCUUUACAGCCAGACCUCAUAAACUUUGACAUUCCAUAGAGAGCGAGCUGGCCCAUUGUAGUAAUGAUAACAUUUGAUUCUAUUAUGUAUGAGUGGGUGUGUGCACAAGGGUGUGUGAAUCUGAAGCCAGUGGUGCAAGAAAUCAAAUAUUUUUUUCUUCAUCUUUUCAACAAGGAUACUUUGUUUUUCUAAUAUUUUUACUCAUAAUGCCAAUUGACUCUUGCUGGGGUGGCCACCCAUCUCAUCAUUCUCUAAUGUAUUUCGGCCAGUAUUGAUGUACAGUUUCUAUACUUCAUGUUUUCAUAAGAAUAAUUUAUUACUUGCAUCUUUUAUUGCUUAUACAGGAAGGAUAGGACUUGCAAUUGGGAGGCAUAAAAUGUUCCUGUAUACUGUAACUAUCAUGAUUUGAGAGACUUGGAUUGUUUUAUGUAAGAUUUUUAUCUAAAUUUGCACUGUCAUUGUAUUAGCUGUUUUGCACUUCAUAAGAAAUACAGGCAAGAUAGAGGAAAGGGGGGGGGGGUACUCAUCAAUCUUUUAUUGGGUAGAUGAGAAACAAGAGAUGGGUGAAAAUGAAGCAAACACUGCCCAAUUACACCAUUAUUGUAACAUUUUGCCACAACCAUGUAAUGCUUUUCUUUGCCCAGAGAAUGAGCACUGGUUUGUGUCGGCUGUGGAUUUAUUCCAUGCCACAGACAGAGCCCAACUGCUAUUCAUCUGCUAACAGCUGUCUUUCAGGACCAAGUCCCUAAAGGGGCUAACCGCUCUUCCUGGGAAUUGUGUACUUUUAAUGGUAGCUUUUAUUGAAGUGGGGGACCAACAGCCAGGACUUUACACAGGACGGUCCACUGUUCCAUCAUACUGAAUGGCCAUAAUCAGGAUAGACUGAUUCACUUGAAAGAAUAUUAAGCCUGGGAACAUUGUAUUUUCUUAUCUGUCUUGUCUACCAUACUGUAGCUAGAAGUUCCGUCUUGUUCUUUUUUUUCCCUUCCAUUUGUCUAUUAAGAUCCAACAUCAAAGAUGUUUACUGUACAAUUUGUACUCGUCAAUAAUUUGAAGAAAAAAAAAGAUGUCAGACCUGUACAAACAAAAGCUCAAUAAAUAGAUGACAUUUA